AUGAGCACGAUACUCCACGGCGGCCACGGCGACUUCGGGGCCUGCACCACCCGCCAUGGCGACAAAGCCGCGACGACGCACACCGAGACGAUAGCAGUGAGCCACGCCGCCGCACCAGCAGCCGCCCUCAGCCUGUUCGAGUCCAUCAUCACCUCGUACCCGCCCGUCCUAGAGUCGCUCCUCGCCCAGAUCUCCACCGUCACCCUCCUCGAACUCUACCACACAUCACGGCACUUGCGCCACUUCCUGCAGCAGUACCCCCUCGCAUGGAAGACGCUCUCCUUCCGCCUGCCCCAGCCCGCCGUCGCAGUGGGCUCGCCCGGCAACGAGACGCCUGAGAACCGGGAACGCCAGUCCAAGGCCUACUCGCUGAACGCCCUCCUCAUACAGACCAUACUACCGAACGGGUCACGAUUGACCAGCCUGGACCUCUGCAACACGGCUGUGGCUGGCGUCUCGCUCAUCGGCGACGUAGUUGGCCCGCGCAAGGACACCCUCCAGCACCUGUCGGUACGCGGCUGCAAGAACGUCUCCAUCAAGUACCACAUCGUGCCCUUCCUCGAGCCCUACACACUCAAGGACGCACCAUGGAUAAAGAAGGACCUCGCUCUGAAGAGCCUAUACACCUACCGCUGUCGACACCACCGCCGGCGGCCCUAUCUGCCCUCCUCCCUCAUCCGGCGAGACUCCGAUUCCGACCCUACCCACCAGCUCAUCGAGAUAUGCCACCAGUUGGGGAUAUGGACAGAUACAGCGUGGUGUCCGACCCCGGGCGGCAGGUGCAACCGGAGGAAGGACUACCAUGCUGGAAGAGCAGGACCCCAGAACAUGGAAGUCUGGGUACCCUUUGACCGGUUAUGGCGAUCGAGCAACCGCAUUGGCCCGGUAGAAGGCACGACAAAGCUGGGCGAACACGAUGGCAGAUUAUGGGAGAUUGCCGAGACAGGAGAAGAUGGCGAGCCACUCGGUCCCGAAGACGGGAACUCCGCCGGAGAAGGCAAACAUGUCCCAGUGCACGAGCGGAGGAGCCACACUGCCUUUGUUGAAGAGGUCAAAUGCGCCCAAUGCAACGAUCCUAUCCUGGAGCGAUGCGAGUCGUGCAGUGUCCGCAUGCACUGCAUGGGCUGCAGGAAGACGCUCUGUGCGAGCUGCGCUUUCAACAGGCCGAUACCGAGGAAACGAGUCAAGACACGGCACUUCGCAAACCUGGCUUUUGGCAACAGCAGCACAUUAGGCGGCACACUCGGUCACGCGUCAGGGUCUUCUGGACCACUGGAAGACCGGAGUCAAGAGGAAAAGGCCGACCAGAACCGCUUCUGGUGGGCCCCAGGCGCGAGCCGAUCACCGAACCUCAUGAACGAGGGUGCACAGGACGAUGACGACUCUGAUUCCGAAGACGGGAACAACGGUAUGCCUGUACCACCUGCGAACCGCGAGCCUCCAAAACUGAACAUGCAUUGGUGCUGCCUUGAGCCUAUCUUCUCCGGUGGCGGCGGUAUUGCUGUUCUGGGUACUGGACUGGGUGGCCGAGGAGCGGAUAAGAUACGCGCAGCGCCUUUACCUCGCACGAAGGAGUAUGAGGAUCCGGACUUCAGCAACACACUUCGACCCGUGGACUACGUCCGGGAGUUGAAGAACAACGGCCUGUACGAAUACGUGCUUGGGGAGGACGUUGACAUCCUGUCGUACCUGAAGCAAGACUCGCUUGACCUACAACAACAAACAUGUCCGAGAGGGCUGUGUAACGACUGCUAUCGAAGCUUCCGGUGGAAAGUGUCAUGUCGGGCUUGCAAAAACCCCAUAUGCAAGGAGCAUGAUUUCAGGGCACUAAAGGUCCGCAAGUGUGGCUAUCGGGACCUACAUACAGAGCGGGACCAUGUGCGGUCACAUAACGAGCCGCCACAACGCCUCGUCAUACCCGAGUUCAACCCAAAUAGGGCCAGUACACCGGAUCCUGAACGCACACCCACAGCAUCGUCAUCGCAUCUAGACUUCUACUCCACAGGUGACAACGAAUCCGAGUCCUCCGAGACGCCCAUGUCUCAGUCGCAGAUCAUGGUUGCUCCUCAGCACUCGUCAAUCGAUAUGUCGACAACAACGUCCUUCAAUUCUAUUUCAAAUCCCGAACCUUUCCAACUUGCCACCUCGCUAUCGUUUGUUCCCAUCAGCUCUGGGCCGUGUCUGGCGUCCGCGGUCGACCCACUAGUGCUUGGCCACCGAAUUCGCAACGCGUUCCAAUCAAUCACCCUGUCACAAAUCCUCUUCCCCUACCGUGCAAUCCGCGGCAUCCCGUUCAGUGGAGUGGUUGUGCAAUGCGCGUCAUCGAAUCCAACUUGCACGUGCACAUUCUGCACUGUCAACUACCACUGCCCGACAUGCACACACAAACCCAAUGUUCGUGCCAAAUGCCGGCUUGAGGCGGAGAUCAAACAAAAGAAAGAAGAGCAACUUCGUGCCAUCGCCAAGCAGAGGAAAGACAAGGAAGAGCGCGGGCAAGCAGAUGAGCUGGCUGGACAGAUGUUCGAGUUCUUCACAACAGUCUAUGAUGAGAGCACUGUCAACCCGACCAUGGAUGGCCCCUCGUCAUAUACACAUGAACUACCCAUCCCAAGUCCGGACUCUAUCACUGUGACAACAGAAUUCGGCGUCAUGGAGGAACCCGCAAACUUGACUACCAUCAGUGCCUCGGGGCCUUCGCCGUAUCACGCUGCCUACGACCAUUCUGACGAUGAAGAGAACAACGUCGAGAUGACCGAAGACGUGAAUGAGGAGGUCGAAGCACUUCAACAAGGACUAGCGCAGAUGCACCUUACUCCUGUGCCAGGAAUGAGUGCUCACAUACUGCAUCUACCGGUGGACGUCGAGGCUGAACACGUUCAGCACGACAGCGAGCAAGAACAGACUGAGGAAGUCAACGAUACCGGUGCAGAGGCGGAUAUAGACACCGAUGAACUUGACGCAGGUGCCGAAAGCACCUUUGUCGAUGAGUCCGGAGACGAUACUCUAGGCGGCGGUAUUCUUACGCCUACGACUACACUCACAGCAUGA